UGUGUUGUUUCUGAGAUAUGGAGCAAGUUCUCGUCUGGCCAAGCUGCUUCCAUCAUCGGCUUUUCUCUUUCCAAGAAGCGCUUGAUUGGCGGUUUCUUCUUCGUUCUGAUUUCCUUGUUGGCUCUUUCGUUAACUGCACUUAGUUCUCAAACUCUCUCCUAUCA